AUUUUUCAAGUAAUCUUCGUGGAAAUUCCAAGUGAGUUGGGUGUAUUACCAUUGCGUUUCAUUUUACUGAAAAAUAGUAUAAAACUAAACGGGGUACAUAGUAUAAAUAAUAAUUUGUGAAAAAUGCCAAUCCGGAAUAUACCACCAUUUGUCUUGAGCUUGGACUCGGCUCCAUAUUAUAAUCACGAUUUGUAUCCAAAUCAUAUUUAUCGACGUUUACAUGAACGCCAACAUCAUCCAUUGGAUUUAGGUACUUUGGGUUUAAUUGCACGUUUGGGCCCGCAUGCUCAUCACCUAGUGGCAGCUAAGCAUAGCACCGAAGGUAAUGUAGUUAAUCGUUAUGGAAAGAAUGGCUUCGAAGUGCACCUGGAUGUUGGUCUAUUCAAACCGGAAGAUCUAACCGUGAAAAUCGUUGAUGAUUCAUUAGUGAUUGAGGGCAAACACGAAGAACGUGAAGAUGAACAUGGUCAUAUUUCGCGUCAGUUUAAACGUCGCUAUGUACUACCCAAGGGUUAUGAUGAGGAGAGUAUUGUAUCGACAUUAUCUUCGGACGGUGCGUUGACUGUGCGUGUACCAUCACCACCACCACCGCCAGAAGUAGAGAAGAAGGAGCGCAUAAUAGCUAUACAGCAGGUUGGCCCUUCCGAAAUGUUUCUAAAGACCAAAAGUCAAGAGGAAGCCGAAGCAGCCGCAACAAAAUAAGCACUGACUGUGUGUAACACCAUAAAUGUUCAAUUGCAUUUAUAUUCUUCUCGAUGUUGUAAAGGAAAAAA